CAUGGCAAGUAUACACGAGGGCUAAUUGAGAGAACGCAGGCAACAUUAGCUGCAUCGAGAGCAUCGCGCACGAGUACAGCACACUGAGCCACUCACAGCUUGCAGCAUGACCUCGCUGUCGGAUUCCCCCGGAUUCCCGAUAACAACACGGGUCAUUGGUAGAUCUUAUCGCCCCGCCACCCCGUGAUCCCGGCAUCCCGACAGCAUUCUCCCAUCCCAGCAACUAUAUAUGGCCAUCGCGAAUGCCCCCAUCCAUAUCCACCCACCACUCCAUCACCCUCCAUACUUCACAAUGUCCUUCCAGCCACCCUCCACCCAAGGCAAGCCCUUCGUCCCCGACUGGAUCCCUCCCCCUGCUACCAAGACAGAGCAAGACUGGGCCCAGCUCCACACCAUUGAGCUCUCCCUCCUUGACUCCCCCGACCCCAAGGUCGUGCAAGACCUUGUCGAGCUUGCCAAAGUGGCUAUCAAGGAAGACGGGUUCUUGUAUCUCAAGGAUUAUGGCGUCUCAUACGAUCAGUUAAUGCGCCAGUUUUCCAUUGCUCAAUACCUCCACGCCAACAUCUCCGAGGCAGACAAGGCCAAGCUGCUCUGGGAUCCCGAGACCGGUCUGUUUGAAGGCUACAAGGCGCCCUACGGCUGGAAGCGUGAGAGAGCCCGCCCCGACGGUAUUUCCCAAUUCAACUUCUACACCCCCGAAUUCGAAGACCACAACAAAGUCCCCGAAUGCAUCUUGCCUUUUAUGGAUGAGAUCACCGCUUUCUGCGAGUACUUGACCAAACAAGUGAAUCGCCGCCUUUUGACGCUCCUUUCCAAGGUACUCGAGCUCCCCGACGACUACCUCUGGAACAACGUCCAGUCCCAAGGCGGCCCCGUCGCCGAAGGCUACUUCCGUCAUGCCCUCUUCCGACCUCCUCCCAAAGAGACACGCGAGCUCAGUGGCGGUCUGCGUAUGAACGGUCACACGGAUUACGGAACCACAACCCAGCUUUUCUCUGUGCCGAUCUCUUGUCUCCAAAUCUGGGGUAGGGAUGAAAAGUGGCAUUACGUCAAGUAUGAGCCUGGAGCACUCGUAAUCAACAUCGGCGAGACCCUCGAGAUCUUAUCUGGAGGCCACUUCAAGGCUACCCGACACAGGGUAUUCGAGCCUCCCUCCGACCAACUGGAGGAAGAACGUCUCUCCCUCGUGCUCUUCAACGCUUCCAUGGGUCACUUGCGCAUGACGCCUUGUAUGGAGUCACCCCUCCUCAAACGCGAAGGCUGCGUAUCCUCUCAAGGCGUAUUCAAGGAAUUCCAAACCGUCAUGGCCUCCGGCAUCUCCGUCCCCACCAACAAACAAUGGCGAGAAGCGCAGAUUGCUUCGAUGAGGGACACGACGGUGCCGCAGAAGGAGGUGGAGAUUAAUGGGAAGAAACAUAGUGUGAGAGAGUUCUUUGGGGUCAAGGUGCUGUUGCCUGUUUGAUUUGCUUCUCGUAUCUUGUUGACUGUCGAGAGAUGUUUGGGUCUUGAUUAUCUGUUAAGUUUCUGUUCUGAUCGGUCUUCGUUGUAUAAGUAGAAAAGCAAUGCAGAGCGUAUUCGAUGUAUCAAAGGAACACCUAG